AUGUGGGGCUCAGACCUUUUUUCCACACCACUCUACUCCACUUCUCCGUUCGUUGUACUUGUACUUCUACCUACUCUACAUAAAGGUUUAAUAUCCUCAUGCUUCUUAAUCAUCUUAUCUAGCACGUCCGGUAUGCUGUCUAUGUCCUCGCCCUCUCUCCCAGAAUCGGGAUUUGUUCCUAGGAAGGAGUUUAUCAGAGACCAACCCACCAACCCGAAUUACUUUGCACUUCUGGCCCUAUCGAGCUCAAAUUCAAUUCGUCUGUAUUCUUUUGCACCUGCCGCUAUACAUGCUUUUCGUCACCUCUUCGAGGAGCGUGGCAUAAUCCUUGCUUCCCGUGAGGAUACUGAAAACAAAUUCUUCGAAUUUUCUUUGGACGGAAAGCCUUGGGCGUAUCCUAAGGCAAUCACUACUGAGAAACUUCUGCUUGAUAUCUUGGCCGUCAUAUAUAAGUGUGGCUACAGCUACUUGUCGACCAUUGAUUAUGGAAGGGAGCACGAUGAUCGGCUUGCAAUGGCAUUUUCAAAGCCAAUGUCUUCACCGCUGGCUUUAGCUCGGUCUCCGCCAACUCCAUCCUCUCCAUUUCCUGAUGUGUCUACAAGCCACAUUUAUGAGCGCUCUAAAGAUAAGAGAGUGCCAUUUGCAUUAUCUUUUACUUCUGCAACGUUGUUGCGGGUCAUUUCCCCACCCCUUCAUCUUACACCUGCAAUUUUGCAGGCUGUUCGGGGGUCUUGGCCUCGAGGCGUCGUUUCGGAGAAAAGUGUAGGUGAUAACUCAUUCGAGUUCAAAUUGAAAGGAUACAAAUGUGGGUAUCACUUUCACAAUCAGAUUCGCUACUCACACCGACCAGGGUUUCAACAGGAUACCUUUGCGGAAGAUUCCCUUCGCCACAUACUCUCGCUACUAACGUCACUUGACAUGCACUCCUUUUCACUUCUUGCUUCGAUAUCACUCACAAGUCGUUCAAGAGUGAAAGAUUUGUGGAUUUUCACAGGUCCAGCACCACCAGAAGACCCAGCACUUCCUGAGAUGCUGGAUCAUGCCGCUCUAGAUGACUCCUUGGUCGAAAGCAGAGGCCUGGGAGUCGAGAUAACGACCGGAAGUCGCAGACCACAAAUACAGCACCGAAAGCACGCUACCGAGCCCGCUUCUCUGCCCUCUAAUCGAACGGAACAACCUACACCUCAAGCCCACCUGCUCCGUAAACCUGCUCCGCGAGCCCAGAUUCCCAUUUCAGCAGUGCAUGACACUGAGAUUCAGGAUCAUGAACCAAGCCCGCCUGUUCAUCGUGCUAACCUCCCCAGUACGAUAUCCAGUGGAAUAGAAAAUAUGACGGGUGUUGGGGCCAUCGGUAAUCCACCAGCCGUUCUGUACUCCCCCUCUCCAUAUGAUGUCGGGAACCGCAUGCUGCCACUUGGGACAGAAUCCACAUUUUCCAAACCAAGAAACGAAACCCCCUCGCAACGGAGCCGUCCCCAUCUACAACCUACGUUUGACCAAGUGAAAACGCUGCCGCUUGCCGUUCCCGGUUCACUGCCUUCCUCGCCACAUCGCAAAUCACCCAUUCAGGAUGAUAGUGAAUCUUAUGAACUAUCAAGAUCGUUACCAGCUCAGCCGCUUCUGAGUCCUGGAGCCUUCAGAGACUCUGCAUUUUCUGGUAAUAGCGAGAAGAGCUGUGAAACUCCAAUCAAAUGGCCUGGACCUGCCAAUGCGUCGUUAAAUCAAGAUACCGCAUUGAGAAGCAAACAGACGCAGGACCGACAGCAUUUCAAUGGACCGAUAUUGCCUGGAGGAUGGCAGCCAACGCCUAUCGAUGAGAAGCUUGAAGAGGACGCAACCCGAAAGUUUGCCACCGUGUCCAAGACAGCUGACGACACUCGUAUCCAUGAGACGGGGUCGCGUGUUGAAUCCCCAGAAGUUAUACUACCAGAUGCCACUUUGCGCCAGAGUGAGGCUGCGCUGGUGGGGAUGACUGCCACCAACAAUUCAAUGCCUCCAGUUGUUCACCGUGAGAAGACGCCGAAGAAGGAAUCGCAGAACUCGGUUGGAGGUGCCAGCGGACAGGGCUGGGUACUAGUCAAUGUAGAAGGCGGUAGUCCCAUGAGCCAGUUUCAACCGAACACUCCACGUACCCCGUACUCUCCGUCAGGACUCCCAUCCGACAUGCACGGUAUCAAUCCGGUCGUCCCCAAUGCGAAGGCCAUUGUGAUCAUGGAUGCUGUGAACUCAAAGCACAAGAAGAGUCGGUCAGCUUCAAAUAAUAAGGCAGUUUCAGAGGGUGUAGGUAGCGUUAGGCGGUUCUUCUCGUUAAACAAGAAAAAUUCAAAGAAAACAGUGGAGGAGAGCGACAAGCGGAAGAGGAAUGACGAGGAAAGCCAGGUCACGGAGAAUACAACGGCCCUGCGUUCCACUCUACGCGGUAAACUACGACUCAUCGGCACGUCAGAAGCAUCGAGAAAAGAAGAUAUCACCAUUGAGUGA